AUGACGUCGUCGGAAGGUGGGGUGAGGCUUUCGAUUAAUAUGCGGGAGCGAUGUCGGAUGCACGAUCUCAACGAGGCGUUAGAUGAUCUUCGUGCUGUCCUACCAUAUGCUCGUGGAGGUUCAGUGCGGAAACUCAGCAAAAUUGCCACCCUACUGCUAGCUAAGAACCAUAUUAUCAUGCAGGUACUGUUUCUAUCGGUUUUAUUCCUAUUGUCAAGCAAUCGAAAGCGAGAGCUGUAA